AUGGGUCUCUGUCCAUCUCCUGUCGACUAUGCCAACGCGGCUCGCGAGGCAUCUCGUUUUUCAUCCUCCCAUCAUGUGCAGAUGGACGAUGACGCCACCUCCAGCAACAACGCACCGGUUGCGAUAACAAAUUUCAUUAGACCAGAGAUCCCGCCCAAAUGUUUCGGAACGGACAUAGAUGGAACCUUCCUGGCGGAAGAUCCCGCCAUGUUUCAGCGCAACCUCGACGCGUUCUCCUGGGCCGUUGAGAACGGCAUAGACAUCUUCUUCUGCACUGGGCGCGGAUAUGAAGAUGCCAUGCGUGUGUUGCCGCGUGAUCUGGUAGAAAAGCUGGGAUUCACCGGUUAUCCAGGGGUGUACUACAACGGCGGAGCCGUGUAUGGCCGGAAUGGAGAGGUGCUCACGGAAGCUGUGUUCAACACCGACACGCUCAAACGUAUAAUUGACCGCAUCGUAGAGGCGAAACACGAGAAGUACACAAUGUUCCUCACGCGCAGCCAGUGGCACGUGGUGACUGACGACAUGUCCUUCUUCGACGAGUUGACCGCCAGCCUCGGGCUCCAAACCCCGUUCACUCUCCGGACUGUGGAUGAGCUGUUGGCCGACAAAAUCAUGAAGGUCAUUGUGGUGUAUUACGAUAACUUGGCACACAAAUUCCAGGACAUGGAGGACGUUGAGUUCAUCGCGAAGCGUGCGCUCAACGACCUUACCGACCUCACUCCCAUGGGCAUUACUAAGGGAAGUGGCAUCGCAUCCGUUCUGAAACAUCUGGGUCUGACGCCAGAUCAGUGUGGAUACAUAGGCGACGCCGCGAACGACAUCGAGGCCAUGCAGCUGGUGCGCCACUCGUUCGCGGUCGACAACGCAUCACAGGCGGUGAAAGAUUCCGCCAAAUAUACCGUUCAACAAACUAACGAGAAUGCAGCUUUCCGAACUGUCAUGGAAGCUCUGUAUGGUGGAAUACAGAAUUAG